UAGGAGGCUACUUCCACGCAGGCCGCUCGAGCGCCCUCGCGGCGGGGAGCCUUCGUUUCAGUUUCGCGGCGGCGGCGGCGUUGUUGGCAGAGGGGACCCGGGACACCUGAAUGCCCCCGGCCCCGGCUCCUCCGACGCGAUGGGGAAGGUGCUAUCCAAAAUCUUCGGGAACAAGGAAAUGCGGAUCCUCAUGUUGGGCCUGGACGCGGCGGGCAAGACAACAAUCCUGUACAAGUUGAAGCUGGGCCAGUCGGUGACCACCAUUCCCACUGUGGGUUUCAACGUGGAGACGGUGACUUACAAAAACGUCAAGUUCAACGUGUGGGAUGUGGGCGGCCAGGACAAGAUCCGGCCGCUCUGGCGGCAUUACUACACCGGGACCCAGGGUCUGAUCUUCGUAGUGGACUGCGCCGACCGCGACCGCAUCGACGAGGCUCGCCAGGAGCUGCACCGCAUUAUCAAUGACCGGGAGAUGAGGGACGCCAUAAUCCUCAUCUUCGCCAACAAGCAGGACCUGCCUGAUGCCAUGAAACCCCACGAGAUCCAGGAGAAACUGGGCCUGACCCGGAUUCGGGACAGGAACUGGUAUGUGCAGCCCUCCUGUGCCACCUCAGGGGACGGACUCUAUGAGGGGCUCACAUGGUUAACCUCUAACUACAAAUCCUAAUGAGCAUUCUUCACCCAUCCCUCGAAGGAGAGAAAUCAAAAACCCAUUCAUAGGAUUAUCGCCACCAUCUUCACCUCCUUCAAUUGCCACUUUUUCUUUUGAAUUUGAACUCUGGAGUUGCUGUUCUACGGUUGGGGGGGGCGGUUUGGGGAUUUUCUUUUUUCCUUUUUUUUUUCCCUCUUUUUGCUUUGCGUUAGGAUGCUCUGAUCCGACAUUUGACAUGAACACAGUGCUAGAUGCUCUUGUUGACUUACAGCAAAUGGGGUGGGGGAAAUAUAGCAGUUCUUGGUAAAGUCCUUCAUAAUAAUGGUUUGAUUUUUUUAUUUCGAGAGAAUCUUUUUUUCCCCAAUGUAUGCUUUUUUCCUUUUUGCCCAAUUCCUCAUCACUUGCUGUAGAUGGCUUAUUUUGCAUUCAUGCAGACUAUGUUGCAAGUCUGUUUUCAUCUAGUAAACUGAAAAUUAUUGCUUAAUCAAACUGCCGUUUUGUCUUUUAUAUUUAAGCCCCCCCCAUUAGUUCUAACUUUAACUUAGUAAUUUCAAAUGUGACCUUUUAUAUCUGAGACCAGUAUGGUAAACAGCCCACAGUGGCAAGUAAUGAGUAAUAUCAUUGUAAUAUGUUCCAGUUGCACAUCAGUAUGUUAAACAGGUAAUGUAAGAAGUUCUUUGAAAUGUCAGCUAUUAAGUUCUGAAACAUACAUCAUGCAUGAGUAGGAAUAAAACCCAAGUUCUUCUUAAUAUAACUAACUAAUGCUACAAAAAGUAUGAAAGUGUAACCUGUCAAGGAUGCAAUUUUUUUUCACUGCAAAGUCAGCAAUUUUGCUGUUUUCCCUCUUUAUUUAAAAAAUAGACUCUUUCCAGAAAGUGGAGCAAUAAUGGUGUAUGCCACACACAGAUGAGAUAUUUGUAGAUAUUUUAAGUGACUUUUGGGCAAAACUGGAAUAUAUGCUUUUACCUUUCAAACGUCUUUAAGACCAGUAGUUUUAAAAUUACUAAAAACGUUAACUUUUUUAAAUAAUAAAUCAUUUAACAAUUCAAACUACAUGCACCUUUUACCUAGCUGGGAAAAUACAUCUUCCUGUUUUCAUAUUACAGCAACUGAUUAAGCUGAAAAUAUAAGUCAUUUUUUGUAGAUGAGUGAUCCACAUCUCCAUUAAUUAGAACACUGGAAAAAAAUUUAUUAAAAAAGGUAUUUAAUUUUGCUUGAUUGUAGGAUUAACUCAUGCAAAUAGAUACCCUGUUGGUUCAGUAGUACAUCAUCUCCUUUAAGGAAGGAAAUGUGAUGGAUGAAUGAAUGAUGUAUAGGCCUGAGGACAAUUAAAGGGGAAGCAGGAUAAGAGAAAGAACCUACAGAUGACAAUGAAUGUAAACUUAUUUUUCUUAAAGGAUAAGCAGUGUGCUCUCUGGUGAUAUCCAGAGCAUAAAAAGAUUAGCUGGUUAGGACCAGUAACUAGAUUGAGACCACUAUGGUGAUAUUUUGAACCAGUGUUAAUGCUUGAUUCAGAAUUGUGAAGCAGCAUCUGGUUCUUACAUAGCCUUAAGGAUUAAUUUUUAGUGAUCCUCAAGGAAUUAAACUUAGGGAAUUUCAGAAAUGUAGACUGCAAAGGCAGUAUACAGGAAAAGGUGGAGUGGGUUUUGUUUAUGAGGGUGUCUGAAAACAAAAAUUGAGCGGGAUAUCACGGUAUAGUUGGACAGUAUUGGUCCUUCAUGUUUUGGCCAUAUUAUAUAAUGGAGCUUUUACCAAAGAUGUAUGAGAAGGAUAAGGCUAUUUAAAAAUCAACUAUCAAGUAAAUCUCAAAACAUUCUACUUAAAGCAGAUGAGAAAAGGUGCUAUGUUAUAGGCUCCUGCUGGUGCAGAGGGAUUUUUGAAUUCAAGAUGCAACUAAAGUAUAAGGUUUUCAGUUUCACUUUAGUAGAAGUAUCUACAAAUGAGACUGAAAAACACAUCUAAGAACAUUUGGUUGCUUCUUAAAAUUCCCAAAGCUACACCAUAAAUGUAAAUCUUAGUAUUUUAAAUGAUUACAUUUUAAGGUAUAUUAACAUGGGUUAUACAAAUAUCAAUGCUAUAGUAACAUCCUGAAACAAAACAAGCACAAAAGUAUAAAUGCCUAAACUGGAGGAAACUUGAAACCCUCAUGUUAAUUCUUAAAUGUAGUAUUUCUAACUUGUGACAGAUUGGUAGACAGCCAUUUUUUUGUGUCUUAAAAUAACUGGGGGGGGGGCAUAGUUAAAAUUUUAUACAUCAAGUGAUUGCUAUUAUUGAAUGUUGCAGGUGAGAUGUGGUUAUUUUUAGUUUAUUUGAAAUGUCUGAAAAAGGUGGGGUGGGGGAAGCAAAUAUUUGAAAUUUGGGAAACCCUAAAUAAACCUCUUGGAAAAACUGUAAUCUUAACAUUUUCUUUGAGGAUUUAAAAAGUUUAUAGUUUAUAAAGUUAAAUUGAACGUAACCAUUGGUUAUUAAUGGAGCAGGUAAUUAUAGCCCGCAGAAAAGCUAUAAUCUAAGAAUUUUAAGAUUUAAAAAAAAUAUCCUCAAGUUUUUGUUUAAUUGCAUCAAUUUCUGUAUUUAUGUGAAUUUAUAAAUUGCAGUAAGUUUUGAAUGAGGUUAAUCUUGUCUAAUAUAAGUAAAUGAGUCUGUAGACUGUGAUCUCCCCAAACUAAAAAAUACAGUACUGGAAUUGUGUUCUUCAUGGUUGUAGUGUUGAUAAAGCACUAAUAUGCAGAAAAUAAAGGAAUUACACAGUGCA